CCAAAACCAAUAGUUAGGGUUUUUCAAACGCGCCAAAGCCAAUCCUCAAACUCUCUGCAAAAAAGAGAAAAUGAGCGACACAACGACGACGCCGCCGGUGGCGGAGCUGGCUAGCACUACCUUGACCGACAACGCGGCGACCGGGCUAGCCCUGAAGCAUCCGUUUUCCGAUCGGGUCCCGAUCCGAUCCAUCGUCUCUCGCCCCGACGGCGGAGCUGGGCUCGCCGGGCAGCGAAUCCGCGUCGGCGGAUGGGUGAAGACAGGGAGGGAGCAAGGGAAGGGCGCAUUCGCCUUCUUAGAAGUCAACGACGGGUCUUGCCCUGCGAAUCUGCAAGUUAUGGUGAACCGUGACAUUGCAGAGGUCGGCCUCGGGUCGUUGGUGUCGACUGGGACCUCCGUCUCGGUUGAAGGAUUGCUGAAGGUUCCGCCUGUGGGUACCAAGCAGAAGAUUGAGCUCCACGUCGAGAAGGUCCUCCACAUCGGGCCGGUUGACCCGGCGAAGUACCCGAUUCCGAAGACCAAGCUCACUCUGGAGUUCUUGAGGGAUCAUAUCCACUUCCGUCCCAGAACUAACACGAUUUCUGCAAUUGCUCGAAUUCGUAAUGCUCUUGCUUUUGCUACGCACUCCUUCUUUCAAGAGAAUGGUUUCCUGUAUGUUCAUACCCCGAUUAUCACCACUAGUGAUUGCGAGGGCGCGGGUGAAAUGUUCCAAGUUACGACGAUAAUCAGCGAAGCGGAGAAGGCAGAGAAAGAUCUGAUUAAGAACCCUCCACCAUCAGAGGCUGAUGUGGAGGCAGCUAAGCUUGUUGUACAGCAGAAAGGAAAGGAAGUGGCUGAGCUCAAGGCUAAGAAAUCUGACAAGGCUACGAUUGGGGCUGCAGUUGCUGAACUGAAUAAAGGGAAGGAGAAUUUGUCUAAGUUGGAAGAGAGAGCCAAACUUAAACCCGGUAUCCCACGGAAGGAUGGGAAGAUUGACUAUGCUGCUGAUUUCUUUGGACGUCAGGCUUUCUUGACCGUCUCUGGUCAGCUGCAAGUUGAAACUUAUGCGUGUGCUGUCGGCAAUGUGUACACUUUUGGACCGACUUUUAGAGCCGAACACUCUCAUACCUCAAGGCAUUUGGCUGAGUUUUGGAUGGUGGAGCCUGAGAUAGCUUUUGCAGAUCUUCAGGAUGAUAUGAACUGUGCAGAGGCGUAUGUAAAGUAUAUGUCCCAGUGGUUACUGGACAAGUGUUUUGAUGACAUGGAGCUCAUGGCUAAGCUUUAUGACAAAGGCUGCAUUGCCCGUCUAAGAAUGGUCGCAUCUACUCCUUUCGAACGAAUUUCAUACACAAAAGCUGUUGAAAUCCUUGAGGAGGCUGUGAAGGGUGGUCAGAAGUUUGAUAACCAAGUUGAAUGGGGCAUUGAUCUGGCAUCUGAACAUGAGAGGUUCUUGACAGAGGUCAAGUUCCAAAAGCCAGUCAUAGUUUACAAUUACCCUAAAGGAAUCAAAGCCUUCUACAUGAGGCUCAACGACGAUUCAAAGACAGUGGCUGCAAUGGAUGUCCUUGUACCAAAGGUUGGAGAGUUGAUCGGUGGAAGUCAAAGGGAGGAGCGAUAUGAAGUAAUUAAAGAAAGAAUUUUGGAUAUGGGGCUGCCCCUGGAACCAUACGAGUGGUACCUUGACCUUCGUCGCUUUGGGACCAUAAAGCACAGUGGGUUUGGGUUAGGGUUUGAACGGAUGAUUCUGUUCGCGACCGGCAUUGACAACAUUAGAGAUGUUAUUCCAUUCCCAAGAUACCCAGGAAGAGCAGACCUGUGAAGUAAAUUUUUAGUUUAGAAAGAAACAGAUGAUGAGAUGAACCCAUGUUUAUUAUUGACAACGGCAGAGAUGUUAUUCCCUUCCCUUUCCUGCCCAUUUUUAUGAAUUGUCUACUUAUUUGAGAGAUUUCCAGUUUUGAUGCCCGUUGUCUGAAUGGAUCUGAUUGACCUAUGUUGGCUUUGGGUGGGAAAUGUUCUUUUUGUUUGGUUUGAUCACUUGCAGAUCUUGGUUCUUGGCACAAGAGGUUAUGUCUGUUCGGUUUAGGUCGUUAUUCGGCUGGAUUCUUCUAGUCUACAAUGAGUUGGAACUGAAUGAUGUGUAAGUUCCUAGUUGAUCUUGAUGUGUCGUCAUUAGCGGACUAUAGUGUCGUCAUUAGCGGACUAUCUUGAAUUCAUGAUUAAGAUACUGUAAUGUGUGUCAUAUACUUCGUAUUGUAGAAAGUGAAGAAGCUCAU